GCGGAAUUAGGCAAAAUGGCAGGAGGAGGGAGGAAGAUGAAGUCUUAAUUUCCACCGGUGCUUUCUUGUAUUCCUAAUUAGAACGUCAUAUUGAGUUCAGAAGACUAGACUCCUUCCUUGGCUUCCAUUUCAUUGUUGUGGGAGACAUUAUUCUCUUCCUCGGGUUGAUUCUGGUUUCACAAGCUGAUGGGAAAGAACAGGUUCAAGCUCUCUGACAUGCUGCCGUAUGCUUGGUUCUACAAGCUCAAGUUCAUGAGCCUCAGAGGAAGAAGAGAUCACAGCAUGUCACAGUCCACCAAGAGAAGCCAGCCUGCACCCACGCCCUUGCCGCCUCCACAGACAAGGAUCCUCCCCAGCAGAGCCUCAUGCUAUGUCUCCAGCAGAUCACAAGAAGAGAAGUCCAUCGAGCCACCAAGGAAAUCCAAGAGGAGGAGCAGAAGAGAGACCGUGGCGGAUCCCAGCGACAACAUCAAGCUGGUCACCUCCUCCGUCUCUGCCGGCUGCAGCUGCAGGGUGUGGAAGACCGAGUCCAUCUCUGUGUUCCCUGCGCGGGCGGCCGCUCCCGAGAGCCCGCCGCACCUGCGAGACCCCUACGUCGAUCGUGAUCACGGAUAUCCGUGCAACACCAACGCCAUCGAUCGGCUCAGCUUCGAUCGUGUCGCCUCGUGGUCACGCUUCGACUGCAGGUUCACCUCCUCCGCCAGCGACAUCACUAUCGACGUGGGCCGCAGAGCCUCCGACGAGCUCUCGGAGUUGGAACUCCCUCCGAUCGCCAUAAAGCCCAGCAAGGACGAAUCUGACCCGACAAAAUUCCAAGACAAAACUGUGGUGGGAAAGGUGGUGAGCCAUCGCAACGCUUCAGCAAAGAGGUCAUCGCCGGGGCUUCACCGGCUCCGGACGCGAGGAAACUCCCCGCGGCUGGCCUGCAAGAAGCUUCGACCUCGCUGCAACCGGAGGAGCGGCACGUCGACAGCGCCGGCGGCGAUGCAGAAAGGCAAGGGCUUAUCCGGCAGCUUUGCAGUCGUCAAAUCGUCGUCGGACCCUCAGAGGGACUUCAGGGACUCCAUGGUGGAGAUGAUAGUGGAGAACAACAUCCGGGCAUCGAAAGAUUUGGAAGAACUGCUCGCCUGCUAUCUGUCUCUGAAUUCCGACGAGUACCACGGUGUGAUCGUCGCGGUGUUCCAGCAAAUUUGGUUUGAACUGACAAGCUUAAAUCUGUAG